ACACAGCACAAUCGCCUAUUUAUGAAAAAUUAUAUUUUUGAUAUAUUGGAAGACUAUGAUUACAACUAGAAGAAACAUUUUUCACAAUAAAGUUUUAUUGUUUGGAUCUAUUUUCUGCGUUCUUGUACUUAUUAUUGUUAGUUUUUCUGUUUUGGUCGUACAUGAGUUGAACUUAGCAAAGGAUUCAAAAUGGAGUUACCAUGAACAAGACAAAUGGCCUGGAUCAUGCAAAACUGGAAAAUCCCAAUCCCCAAUACCCCUUUGCGAUAGAUCAUCUUAUCCAUAUCAAUCGGACGCUUUAGUUUUUCAAAAUGGUAGCGUUGAAAAUUUUCAAAUAACCAACAAUGGACAUACGGUUGUAAUGGAUUUUGAGAAUCCGAAACCCCAAUUAUCUGGCGGUGGCUUGACAUGCAAAUUUACUUUGAGGAAUCUUCAUUUCCAUUGGCCCUCUGAACACGUUAUAAAUGGAAAACGAUACCCACUUGAAAGCCAUUUGAUAUUCAUAUCCGAAAAAUUCAGUACUCUUAAAGAUGCCAUAGCAGUUCCAUUUGCUGUAACAGUACUUGCCACUUUAUAUGAAGAAUCAUAUAACAUCACACACAAUCACUUCCAAAUAAUCAAUAAAGCUAUAGAAGAAGUUUCAGUCGCACCUGGUAAACCAUUUGCCACAUUCAAAUCAUUAAACGUUUUUGACUUUUUGCCUGAAGAUUCUGAAACGUUUUUUCAAUACACUGGUUCUUUAACCACACCGAAUUGUACUGAAAAUAUUAACUGGAUUGUUUUCAGACAUACAUCAAGUAUAACCAGUGAAGAGCUUGGAACACUCACCAAUAUUCAUUCAAAACGUAAUGAACGUGUAGAAUUCAAUAAUAGAUUAUUACAAAACAUCAAUCAAAGAACCAUUUCUCUAAGGAACACACUCACAUCCAACGACAAUAUUAACGUGAUCAGCAAUCCAAUUUUCUGCCAAGGAUUCGGGCAAAUGAUCUUGAGGCACGUCAACGUCACCAGAAUCUCUUUUCUUCAAAAUUCCAAUUUUGUAUUUUUUUGGUUUGCACCUGUGAAUUACUCCGCAUGAAUUUUUCUUGCACAAACCAGAAUGAACAUACCUAGAAUGGUUUUUGAUAAAAUAUAUGGACACAAUUAAAAGAUUUUACCUUGGAUAUACAGCUCUUCCCAAAUCCAUAACUCUAUAAGUCAUUUCGCAUUGACAUGGAGACCUAUCCAAUGUCUCAUAGAAUGGUAGUAUUUGAGUACGUUUAUUCUUAAAGUUCUAAAAAUUACUUUCUAGAAAACAAAAUUGAUUAGUUCAUUAUUCACUAACGUAUUCCUGUUUUGCAUUAGAAAAUACUUCUUCCAAUUCUUUUUUGCAAAAUUCAUCUGGACAGUCGUUUUUUUGUACUCCAUCGUAAUCGUCCAGAUUAUUGGAAAUCUGAUUUUCGUCCCAGCUUACAGAGCAAAUAAUUU